CAACUUUUUUAAUUCACAUCAUUUUGUUAGUAUGUGUGUGCAAAUAAUUUUAAGCAAUAUGUCCACUAUUUCUUGUGCUAAGAGUAAUGCCAUCUGUUCAAUCACUCAAGCAGGAUAUAAAAAUGAUGUGAGGAUGAAGUAUAGGUGGUUCAUUAUUUGUUCUCUUUCCGAACAUGCAUGUGUUGGAAGCAAAUUGGUUGCAUUGGCCAACAAAAUUAGUUAAUAUUUUCUACUCUUAGAUGCUGUUCGACCUGUUGUCUGAUAUGCAAAUGAAUAUUUAGACGCAAUCAGGACACAUCUCAAGGCACUUUUAUGGACUCUAGAGUAUUGAACCUGUGCCCCUGUAAGCUAUCCUUUUGAAGACAAAGAGUGUGGUUUCCCAAGAAUGUCUGUUAUCAAAUCCAAUCCUCAUGAGAGCUUUGGAAAAUAGAUUUCUCCACCUCCCUUAUCAAAAGUCAAAAUAUGGUCUUAUUCAUCUUUUGACAUUUUGAUAAGGUUACAAUUCUAGUGAGCAUAAAAGAGUGGUAGCAUCUAGUAUCUUCUUUCAAUGUUUUUCCCAAAAGAUUUAGGGUCCUAAUAGAGGCUGGGAAGGCACUUUCCAGCUAAUAGAUUUAUGUUUGGUUGGUACUCUUUCCUAUUCAGAUUGCUUUGAAUAAAUAUAGACAGAGGAUCGAUCAGACCAAUCUCUCUUGUGGGUCAUAUUCGUACAAGGAAAAGAAAUUAUAUAUAAAGAGUGGCAUCUAAUCCUAUGCUUAGAAUUAAUUUAAGCUUUUGAAACCUUUGGUAUGGAGUGUUAUGGGAAUAAGGGUAUUUUAAGAAUUGAAAGUUCUCUUUCGUAGCCAGGCUUUUAUAGAGUUGUAAGGAUAGGGAGCUUACAGACUGUAGGGUAUUCUUGAUAAUUGCAUGUAUUCCAUGUACUUGACAGCAUCAUGAUGGACAGGAACCACCAGCAGUUGUGCAAGUAUCACAAGCUAUAAUUUUAGGCAGUGGUAAAAAGUAGGGAGCUAUAGUGAUUAUAGGCUAUGCAUACUCUUUCCAUAGGAGUUUAAAACUGUUUACCGCUAUGAGUCAUGUAUGUACAUGGUGUUUUGUUGGGUUGCGUCCAACUAUUAUCAUUACUUGUGUAGGAAAUGAAUGCAGAAAGGUGUCAGAUUUUUUUGAUAGAUUAUAUUGAUAUGAUCAAAAGAUAUAGAAUUUUUAUCGUGCAAUUGUUCUUCACUGACUGAUUUCAUCUCUUUAUGGAAUUAAAUGGAGGUCCUUCUCAUAGCUACCUUGCACAUUAAAUGUAAGUUAAAGAACUUAAACUCGUGGUUGCUCUCAAAGUGUACAUCCUUCAAUUCACCAACUUGAUUCCAAUUUAGUGCAAGAAAAUAAUGAUUUAGUUGUUUAUUGAUUCAAUAGGAAAACCAUAAACUAAAGGAAAACAAUUAUCUUCAUUUUUAGACUCUAAUUUAAUAUUGAAAAAAAGGAAAUUGUUUUAUUAAUGUGCUUGGAUUUAUCCAUUUCAGAUAAAAAGCCGAAGGAAAAGAAAACAAAUGCUUUCCAUUGUCCUGAAGAGAAACAUGGUUGUUCUUGAUGGUUUCAUAUGUACUACGAAGAGUCAGUAGUGCGUAAGCCUGUAUGACUAAUGGAUUAUUUCCAUGACCUGGUCAUGCAGUACACCUGGGCUGAUACAGAAUUAUACUGAUCAACAGUGGUGGUGCAGUAAUAUACAAAUGCAUCAUGCCCAUGACCUGUUGGUGCAGUACAAUUGUAGGGUAUGUUAGGGCAUAGAUGAUGUUUCAAUCGGGAAUGCCAUUCUAUGCUAGUACCUAGUUAAGUAGAUGACAGUACUACACUGACAUGUUAGAUGAGAUUCCAAAAAUACAACUUUCAGUUUCAAAUAUGUUCUUAGCAAUGAUACUAAGGGAAAAAGUUCCUACUCGUUGCCGGUAAACUGUUGAUGGGCGAGAAUUCCUACUCGUUGCUGGUAAACUGUUGAUGACAAGCCUAUUCUGCUAUGUCAAUUUAAUGGACCCUAACAUUCACAUCAAGAACUGAAUAAUUUUCUCGUUAUUUUAUUCACACUUGUUGUUCUUAUUUAUUCUUGUUCUUAUUUAUGAUUUAUUAAUUUACUACUACUACUAUUCUAGAAAGGGGAAGGGAUAAACCCCACCUAGCUACUACUGCUAUGUCAGAAAAGGGAGGGGAUGAACCCCACCUGGCCAACUGGAAUUGUUGUUACUUUCUCUUCUUCUUAUAAUAAAAACAGAAUAUAUUGUGGGGCCUUUAAUAUGGAGUAGCAUAAUCUACUUGUUUUUCAGUCAUGAUGAGUUGUCAGUUUCUGAUAAAAUUAUUCAGGAUGGCAUCAAGAGACUCAGAUCAUGAAUUUUGGUGUUGCCAGGACAACAUGCCUGGUCAUUAAAACAAGAGACUCCGAAUCAAACGUACAACUAAUGGUAAAAGGAGGCUCAAAUUUAUAAUUUUGUGUUAUGUAUGUAUGUAUGCAUCUAUGUAUGUAUAUUUAAAAAUUUGGUAGGCUCCAGGAAAGAAUGUUUUAGGGGGCAGAAAAGAGUUGCUGGGCUGCAUUAUUGGAUUCUCCAUUUCUGUUUGGUCAUUCUGUCAAGGUUGCUUCUUCUUAACAGAGGGUCUGGUGAGUCGCGAUCCCUAAUGAAUGAAAUAGCACAUCUGGUUGCUGAUAAAAAAGAGAAGCUUGACUUCCUAAGACUGAUGGUUGUUUAUAAAAAUUCUGACAAGAUGGUGGCUGAUGUUCUUGGUGCUACUGAGGGAAUAACAUUAUUUUACUAUCACCACUCCAUGUCAUACAAGUACCAUGGGAGACUUCGUCUGCAGAACAUCCUAUCUUCAAUAUAUCAUUUUAUGUCACUUAAACAUGGGGAGAUUCCUCUGAAGCCCCUGCGCAGUCAAGAAGACUUACAAAAUUUUUUUGAAUCAACAGAUAAAGCCAUACUUCUCCUUGAGUUCUGUGGCUGGUCAGCUAAAUUGUUGCAUAGAAAAAAUAAUGAAAAUUAUGAGACUUCCUUGUCUGUCCAAAAUAGUUCAGAGCAUGUUGACACCAUAGGCGAAAAUUUUGCCAGAGGAGCAGAUGGGACUCUAGCAUUUCACAAUGCAAUCCAGAAGGGUAAGAAAAAUGAAGAACUAACAUGUGGGGUCAAAGAUGGGAUAGCUGGUUCUCAUUUUCUUGGUGGAUUUACCUUGGCAAAUCAAAGUGCUUUGAAGGAAAAUGAAAAUGGAAGUGUUGGUUCUGGGAAAUCAUGUACGAAGGAAGAGUUUCAGCGAUUUGAAUCCGUUUUUAUGAAGUUCACAGCAAUUGCAAGGGAGCAUUUUCUGCCUCCUGAAAGGCAGAGGUUUGGUCUAAUAUCGCAGAGAUCUUUGCUUCCUUUCUUAGGUGUUGGCAAUCCAGAGACAUGGUUGAUUAUCCUUCAUUCAUCUGAAUGUCCCAAUUGUUCGGUGAUACUCCAAGAAGGAGAAGAUCUUAGAACCAUCCUUCAAAACCACUACUCUCUUGUCAUAGAGCUUGAUGCUGAUGGACGCAAUCUUGAGCCUGCAUUUCCAUCAGACAGGCCUUCAAUCAUUCUUUUUGUUGAUAGAUCUUCAGAAUCAUCGAAAGUUAGAGGAGAGAGCAAGUCAUCUCUUGAGGUUCUUAGAAAGUUUGCAUGGUACAACCAGAUUUCCUACCAGAGAGUUUCAGGACUUGAUGGCAGUAUUUCCAAAAGUUCCUCUGGACAAGCUUCUUUUGGAAUGUGGAGCAGAAGUAUCUCAGAUGCCCUAGGCCAUCAGACUCGAAAAGAUAAUCUGGCCUCUAAGAUAGUGAAAAUCAAGGAUAAUAUGGCUAUUAUGAUGGUAAAUGAAGGUGAAGGUAUUUCAUUGAAAAACACUGCUCCUGACAAUCAAGGUAAUUCUGUUUAUGAUAUUUUAACACAUCUACUUCACCAGAAAGAACAUGCAUUGAAGACUAAAGAAACCAAAAUAAGUAUACUAGCAAAGGAAGUUGGCUUUCAGCUUUUGUCUGAUGAUUUUGAAGUGCAAGUAGUAGAUCCAUUGCCGUCGAGUGAAAACGAUCAACCUAAAAACAUGAUUAAGAGUGAUGUGACUAGUCCAAAGGAUCCAACUUCAGAGUUACCUAAAGAAUCUGUCGAGCCGUAUGUCAGCAUGAAUGAUGCUGAUCUUUUGGAUGCUACUGAUAUUACUACAGUGGAUGAGGGGAAGCAGCCUGAAGCCAUAGAUAUGGAAACUGAUUUUCAGCAAACUCAGAAAGCAGUCACUUAUGAACUUGAAACUAACAAAUUUUCCACUAAGUUAGACAAAAAGGUUAAAGUUGAUAUAGGUGUUUUCAAAAGCACACAACUUAGUGAGGACCAGAAAUGUUGUAACCAAGAGGAAGUGGGAUCAUUCACAAGUCGUGAUGAAAAUUCUUUCCAUUUGGAGCAGAAAUCACCAUGUGCUAUGGAAUACAUAAAAAAGGAGCAAGUUGAGCAUACUGAUUGUCAUUCGAAUGGAACAUCUUCUAGCGAAGUUGCACCAAAUUUGAGAAAUAUUUCUAGCCUGAAUUUUUCAGGGUAUGAUGUUUCUGAGAAUAAGAAAUCCACGAUCAUAAGCAAUGCAGAUAGGCUUAAUGAUCAGCACCAACCUUUUGUCAGCUCGUUUUUCUUUUCUGAUGGUGGUUAUCAGCUACUACGAGCCUUGACAGGGGGGUCUAAGAUUCCAUCUUUGAUAAUACUUGAUCCAGUUCGGCAACAACACUUUGUAUUUUCUGCGGAAACAGAGAUUAGCUAUAACUCUCUACUUAAUUUUGUGGACAAAUUUCUCAAUCAAAGUCUUACUCCAUAUCAGCGUUCAGCAUUGUCUACUCACAGUUCAAGGGAGACUCCAAGGCCACCAUUUGUGAACCUGGAUUUCCAUGAGGCUGAUUGUAUACCUCGAGUGACAGCCAACACAUUCUGUGAACUGGUUGUAGGUUUUGAGUCCUGUGAAACGGGAAAUGUAGUCUCAUUUUCCAACACUGAAAGUUUCUUAUCUGCCUGGAAAUUGGAUGUUUUGGUGCUCUUCACUACUUCCUGGUGCGGAUUCUGCCAGCGUAUGGAACAGGUUGUGCGUGAAGUAUAUCGAGCUCUCAAAAGCUUUAUGAAUACACCAAAGGCUCAAGCUCAAAACGUGGAUCCUACGCAAAUCAAAGAUAACAAAGAGGAUUUUGCUUUGCAUGGGCUGCCAUCUAUACUUGUGAUGGACUGCACGCUAAAUGACUGCAGCUCAUUCUUAAAACCAAUGGGUGAGACGGAACUUUAUCCAGCACUGUUGCUAUUUCCAGCAGAGAACAAGAGUGCUAUUUAUUAUGAAGGUGAUAUGUCAGUCAUUGACAUCAUGGAAUUUCUAGUAUCUCAUGCAAGCAAUUCUCACUAUCUAAACAGGAAUAAAGGUUUUUUGUGGACACAUGCGUGGAAACGAAGCAAGAACAGAGCAACCUUACAUGAUGUAUCUUCUUUAUCAGUUCAUGAGCAAGCGCAUUAUGCUGAAGAUCAGCAUAAACAACUCUUUUUUCAUGCGGAAGUCAGAGGAAAUGUUGACCACCCUAUUGGAUCACAUACAUCAGGAAACUUUAAUGAUGAAUACAAGCAUGUAGAUGUAGGAUCAAUUCUUGCUGCCACUGAUAAGCUUAUCAAUUCCUUUCCAUUUGAUAACUCCACUGUGCUUAUUGUGAUGGCAGACCAAAAGCAGGGAUUCCAAGGUAUGAUCACCAAUAAGCGUAUAAGUUGGGAUGUUUUUAAGGAACUAGACAAGGAUCUGGAGCCUCUAAAGCAGGCUCCUCUUUUCUAUGGUGGUCCAGUCAUGGCUCAUAGAAUGCCCCUUGUUAGCUUGACGAGGAAAGAGACAGAGGGGUAUACAAAAGUUGUAACAGGUAUUUAUUUUGGCAAUCCUGUGGCUACAAGCCUCAUAAUUCAACAGAUCAAAUCAGGACAUCAUUCUGCCAUUGAUUAUUGGUUUUUUCUGGGUUACUCAAGUUGGGCAUAUAACCAACUUUUUGACGAGCUAGCAGAAGGAGCAUGGAAUUUGAGUGAAUCCCCAAUCGAAUACCUAGACUGGCCAGAUAGCUGAAGUUACAGUUUGUGCAAAGUUCUUUGAUAUCAGGGUUGGAAACACUUGCCCAUGGAAUCUUCUGUUUAAGAAUAUGAAAGAGUACUGGAGUUGUGGCUAAAGGAAGAGAAAACAUGAGCUAGCUUGAAGAGGUUAGAGUUUGUAUUUGUGUGAUAGUCAUUUUUUGUAACUAUCCCAUUCCUUGUAGGUCUAUUACCUUGGAAUUUCCAAUGAGAUAUCUGGUGGUACAUGCAAUUUUUGUUAAGAAAAUGUGCUGGUUCUUUCGUUUUGGAAGAAUAAACCAAUGUAUCAUAUUCCACAAAAAUUUCCAGUCUUCUAUUUUGUUCUUUAACAACAAUCUUUAUUACUCUUGUUAUAGUUACUUUCUGUCA